GAAAAGGGUUGCCUCCUGGACAUCCCGAAGAAAGGUGAUGUAGGAGCAAUGUGAGCUCACAGUGAGAUUCUGGUCUGCAGCCAUGUCCCCUGUCGGCGACUCGGCUGGCCCGCCAGGUGGCUGCCGGCCAAGGCCAGCCGGCCGGCCAAACGACGGACCCCACUAGCGCAGAAUGGUCCCCCGGUCGCUGCUGCCUCAGGCAUUUGCAAAUUUUCAUAGCACCCACAGAACCGACUUGCACUACCCUAGGAAAUUCCGCUACAUCAGCCAUCAGAAGGAGACUUACGACCUCGUCUUCCGCAAGCCACUUCCCGCACCCACGCAAAGUCGACUUCAAACCUCAGACAAAAUGGCCAAGCGAACCAAGAAGGUCGGAGUUACCGGCAAGUACGGUACAAGAUACGGUGCUUCCCUCCGUAAGUCCGUCAAGAAGAUGGAAAUCACCCAGCACGCCCGCUACGUCUGCACCUUCUGCGGCAAGACCUCCGUCAAGCGUCACUCCGUCGGUAUCUGGGACUGCAAGUCUUGCAAGCGCACCGUUGCAGGUGGUGCUUACACCGUUGCCACACCCGCUGCCGCCGCCAUGCGAUCAACGCUGCGUCGUCUGCGUGAGAUCGCUGAGGUGUAAGAAGGUGGUUUCGCGAGCAACGACGAGGGACAGGGUGGAAGGUGUUUCAUGGCUUUGCUUUUCAUCACAUUUCCGGGUGUUAGGGAACAAAAGGUCUUCUCUCAGCAAAGAGUUACACGAGCAUCGACCACGGUUGUGAGGAUGGCCUCGGAACGGAAUCUGGAACGAGGCACAGGGAUCAGAUAAUGACAAUCGAUUCCCGAUCAUGAACAAUUCUCCUGCCCUGCCCUGCCCUGCCCUGCUGGACCCGCCGAGCCCGGGAGUUUGAUGGAGGAGCAUGGGACGAUACAGCCGACCGGCUUUGCAAUGGCUGUACGAACUGGAGCUUGAUUGUACCGGUCACUCAGACCGGGUUAGCGGUUGGGCAAGAGGGAGGCUGUACACAAAUGCCUGUGCCCCCCGAAAGAAGACCGCGAUCGGCCUAACCAAAUGAAGCACGAGAGGUUGAAGAACCGCCAUUCUCUGUUCUGUUCCGUGUCGCUCUUUGCCUUGCCUCUUUGCUGCAGGCCAGGCCAGGCCAGGCCAGGUACAUGUAGCCGCCUCGCCUCGCCCUUGUCUGAUGGUAUGCCUGGCUGCCUGCCCGCCCUGGAAACUGCGAGCAGAUUCUGCAAACGCAAUUGCAGAUGACCCCCACCCACCGGUGCCUAGUGAGUAACAAGGUAGUUUGUAAACCUCCAAAGAUGCGCUGGCGGAGAGAGAGAAGUCCACCCUUUCUCUCCGCCUUUACUGUGUCUGAGUUGUGACCGGCCGAUAUAUGUCAAGUGUGUGUGUGUGUGUGUGUGUGAGAGAGAGAGAGAGUAUGUCACGGGGGCCGGUCAUCCUAUUUCAUCAAAAGCAACGGCGCUGGUGAGUGUCUGCGUAAUCAACACAUAUGUGUACGCAUGUGCAUGUGUGCGUGCGUGCGUGCGUGCGUGCGCGGGCAGGGCGACGGCAGGACAUCCUCAUGGGUUUUGGGUUCGGGCGUUAUCCCCGUUGUGAAUCACGUCCCGGUCCGAAAAUAUACACAGUCUGCUAUUCUCGUAUCCACAAUUGAAACGAAACGGUGGUGUAUAGUGAGUGGUAGAUAAUGGCAUAGGGGCUCCUCACACCUUUGUGAAGAGUGAGUGCAGACGUGGCUAUUCUGAGCAG